CGUAAUCAGCAGGCGUCUUGGAUAGCAGCGGUGCAAUUUGCACACCAACAGAAAUUAAGAAGGUAUUGUGAGGGAUCUCGGAUUAGUAUUUACAGAUCAAUAUAAAUACCGAUAUUUGGGUACGAAAGAGAUUAAUCAUCUCGAGUCACUUUUGUAUAUAUGACUAAUAAAGUUUUCUCACCUUAUUUACAUCAUUUUCAUAUGUGACCAUCCUAAAGUGUGAAGAUGAGUACGCAGUACAGUAUCCUCUGCAAACAGGAACAAGCUCAUGAGGAUGCUAUUUGGUCAGUAGGAUGGGGCAAGAAUGCAAACACCGGGGCUGAGACAGUGAUCAGCGGUUCCCUUGAUGAUUUGGUGAAGGUCUGGAAGUGGACUGGUGAACAACUUGAUCUGCAAUGGACUCUGGAAGGGCAUCAGCUAGGAGUGGUCUCUGUGGAUGUCAGUCCAAGUGGUAACCUUGUGGCUUCCAGCUCUCUUGAUGCACAUAUCCGCCUCUGGGAUUUAGACAUAGGCAAGCAGAUACGUUCCAUUGAUGCUGGGCCAGUUGAUGGUUGGUCUGUAGCAUUUUCUCCUGACUCUCAACACUUGGCCACUGGAAGUCAUGGAGGGAAAGUGAACAUAUUUGGUGUGGAGACUGGAAAGAGAGAAUAUUCUUUGGAUACUAGAGGCAAAUUUAUACUCAGCAUUGCAUACAGUCCAGAUGGGAAAUACUUAGCUAGUGGAGCCAUUGAUGGGAUUAUUAAUAUCUUUGAUAUUGCAACUGGAAAACUUCUCCACACGUUAGAAGGACAUGCUAUGCCUAUUCGAUCCCUGACCUUCUCUCCAGACUCGCAGCUGCUGGUCACAGCCUCUGAUGAUGGUUAUAUCAAGAUCUAUGACGUACAACAUGCCAGUCUGGCUGCUACCCUCAGUGGGCACGGCUCUUGGGUCCUGAGUGUGGCAUUCUCUCCAGAUGAUGCUCAUUUUGUUUCCUGCUCCUCUGAUAAAAGUGUAAAAGUCUGGGAUGUUGCCAGCAGAACUUGUGUUCACACAUUCUUAGAUCAUCAAGACCAGGUCUGGGGUGUGCAGUACAACAAAAAUGGCUCUAAAAUUGUGUCCGUUGGAGAUGAUCAGGAAAUUCACGUUUAUGACUGUCCCAUAUGAUGCACUUUACUCAGGGUAGAUUUGCAAGGAAAUAACGCAGCUACUGGAUAACACAGAUAAUGGAAACUGAUUGGAACCAUCCUGCAAAAAAACAAGACUUUCACAUCAUAGAAUAGCACCGGCUGCGUCACAUCAAGUUGUGUGUAUACAAGAAUUCAAUUUUUUGCUUCCAGAAUUACUAUUGGAGUUAUAUUCAAUUCUUCCUACGCCAGAACCUAUUUGGACCACAAACUAUCCAUUAUAUACUGGAUUUGUAAAUCCUUUUAUGUUGUUUUAUUAUAUUUUCAGAAAAAGUAGGAAUAAUUAAACUUUAAACUUGACAAA